AUGGCGGCGCCCGGGGCUCCGUCUCCGGCACCCCCGCUGCCGUACAACAUGGCGGCGCCCAGGGUUCAGGCCCCCGCCCCUUCCCUCCCCCAGCGGAAGUUUCAAUUUAAAACCGGCGGCGGGAGUGAGUGGCAGUUACUAGUGAGUCCGUGCUCCGGCCCCGUUCGGACCGGGAUGGCCAAGUCUAAAAUCCCCGUGUUCAACUUUCACCCGGCGGGAGGCCUCCCGGAGGACCCCCCGGCGGCGGCGGCCACCACCAAGUGGAAAGCCCCGGCCUUCAGCUUCCAGCUCCCCGUCAUCCUCGCAGACGCCCAGCCCCGAGGUCCCGUUCCAGCUGCUUCCAAGAAGCCGUGUCUCUCCAAGCCGGGAGAGGGGGACGGCAGCAAGGCAAAUAACCCGGCGGGGCCCGAGAGCUUCCGAGCCGCCGCUCAGAGGCUGAAAAAGGGGGCCGACCCUGGUCUAAAGAAGAUCAGCAGGAGAGGCUACCGUCCCCCGAGCCGGAACAGGCCCGAGGAAUCGCUCACGGACAAGAACCGGCUCCUGGAGGCGGCCAACCAGCAGCUCCGUCUACAGCUGGCUGAGACACAGGGCCUCCUGAGGGAAGUGACGGAGAAGAAGGAAUUGCUGGAGAGUUUUCAGGACCGCUGCCUGGCCAUCCUGGAGAGCCGCAGUAUCGACCCAGUCACAGGCCAACAGAUCCUGGAGGAGCUGAAAGAGAGGACCUCGUGUCAGGCAGAGAGCGCGUCGCUGAUGGACUCUCUGAUGGCCGAGCUGAGGCUGUUCAAUCAGACCGUCGCGAAGCAGAGGGAGGAGGUGAAGGCGGCGAAGGCCAAUUUAGCCAAGGCCGCAGAGGAGAGGACCCACUUCCUGGAGAAACAGGCCACGUUCGGCAGCAGAAUGGAUGAUGUGACGGCCGUGUUGGAGCAAAUGGAGCAGCUGCUGAGGCUGUGAGGAGCCGGGGCGGACCGUCAGGACCAGCCCGCCCAAACCGGGCGGGCGGGAGGGGACCAACCUGGAGCCCCAGGGCCAGACUGGUGGGGCUGACUUGGCAGUCCCGCGUCCCAGCCACCCAUCCCCCACCCCAGCUCCACCCCCAAGUUGGGACGCCCUCUCUUUGCCCCCCCAGCUGGGGUGGCGAGGGACUGAAACCCUGCACAAACUUGACUCCAAGGCCGGGGCAGUUUGGAAUGCCAGUGACGCUGUUCUUCCGCCCCGAGCCUUCCCCGCUAGGGCCGAGAGGCUACCGGGCCUGCCGCCGGGCCCGGUCUCGUUUCCGUUUUAGCCAAUAAAGCUGUUUUGCCUCCGUCAGCCCCCCGACUGGCACGGUGAAAAA